AUUAACAUUUAAUCACAGAAAACAUUAUUAGUUUUUUAGACAGAGUAAAUCUCAUGCAAUAAAUAUACAUAUCCAAGCCUGACGUUGAUAACCAACCCACGUGAAAAAAUCGAGAAAUUAAAAAAGUUAUUUUGUGUAAAUCAUAAAGAAGGGAUAUACAAAGAUGGUGUAUGGCAAUUCUUAUAGUGACGAUGAGGACACAGAUUAUGAUGAUGAAAGUUCUUUAUUGGGUAACAGCAAAAGACAAGGAGAAGUAGUUAAACCAUGGAACACAUUCAAAGUAAUUCAUCGCAAAGAAAAAACCGGUUCAAUGGCCGAAUCAAAAUUUAUCGAUUAUGGAGUAGUAAUAAUCAAAAUAAUUACUAUUAUUCUAGUUUUUUUACUAAUACUAGGCAGUGCUGUAACGUCCAAGAUUACCUUGCUUCUUAUGACUUCUCAAAUUAAGAUUGACAUAACCCGACCCUAUUGUAAUAAAUCUUUUGACUCAACAAGACAAUACAAUUUUACGGUUCCAGCUGUUGAAAGAGCCACUUGGAUAUGGCUAAUUAUGUUUACCUACUUUGUUCCAGAAGUUUUAACUUUUAUAAGAUCUGUUUAUAUAUUAAUGUUCAAAACAUGGAAACUUCCAAAGAUGUGGGAUUUUAUUUGUUUGGUUGUAACAGAAUCGUUGCCUGCCUUCGGAAGUGCGUUGUUGGUUUUUAAAAUACUACCGGAAUUGGAUGUCAUUCAAGCAGCGAUGCUCACCAAUGGUUUCUGCAUUAUUCCUAGUCUAGUUAACAUUCUCAGAAAUAUAAGACCGCCCUAUGAUAAAGAACGAUUCCUGAAUAUAACAUUGGAUAUAUUGGCAUUUAUUGCACAAAUAUCGGCUCUAUUGAUAUGGCCUAUCAACCAACAUAAACCUGUUCUAUGGCUGAUCCCUAUUGCCUCCAUUUGUAUAUCUUUCGGAUGGUGGGAAAAUUUUGUUACUGAAAAAACAGCCAUAGAUUUUAUUAAAAAAAUUGCGAAAGCAAAAAAGGACUUUCGCACAGAUAAAUAUUUCAGUUAUGCGAUCAUAUCUGUUUUGAAGUGUGUGCUAUUCUUUGCUACAACACUAACUAUUUUACAAUUAGAAGGUGAUGCACUAUUUAUAUUUAGAAAAUUUACAGAUGCUUUUUCGCAACAUGGAAUGGAUGUUGUCGAGGUCACACAAUCGGCACAAAUCCAGAAAAUUAUCAACAAUGUAACUUACCAGCUGAUUAUAUGGCUUGUCAAUAUUUCAUCAACAUACGCCUGCUAUUUUCUUGGAAGAUUUGCCUGUAAAAUUAUGAUUCAAGAAACGUGUUUUUCGUAUCCAAUAGCGGUUACGGUUCCUGUACUUGUAACAAUUUUGAUUAUUAUAACCAGUGCCUUCGAAAAGGAUAAUUGCUUUUUCUUCGGCAGUUUCCCAAAAGAAGUAACUUAUUUAUUUUUCAAUAUAUCUCCAUCUAUCGAAAUAGAAUUCGAGAAUUCGAUAUGGCUGAUAUGGUUAUUAUCGCAGUUGUGGAUUACGAAACACAUUUGGGUAAACAAGAAUAUCAAACUAUCUCCUACAGAACAGCUCUUUAUGCGACCCAUGUACGAUGCAUUUCUAAUUGAUCAAUCCCUUGCUCUAAACAGAAGAAAGGUGGUAGAUCGAAUAACAAAACGAAGUGAAGAUACAAUGAAUAAAAUAUCAGAAAUUGAUGAAGACAAAAUUACCAGAAUAUAUGCCUGCGGUACUAUGUGGCAUGAAAUCAGGGAAGAAAUGUUGGAAUUUCUAAAAACUAUUUUUAGAAUGGACGAAGACCAGGCCCUGCAUAGAAUUGUCAAAAAUUAUUUGCGGUACCCCUUAGACAACUAUUACGAAUGGGAAACUCACAUAUUCUUCGACGAUGCCUUUAUAAGAAAAGAUAAAAACGAUAACGAUCCUCAUAUCAACAAAUACGUCGAAACUUUACUAUCCGUCAUUGAAGAAGCGGCGACAGAAGUCCAUGAAACUACAGUCCGCAUACCUCCUCCUCUUAUAUGUCCUACGCCAUAUGGCGGUAGGUUAACCUGGACGUUACCUGGUAAAACUAAACUGAUAGUGCAUUUAAAAGACAAGGCUAAAAUAAGACCAAAGAAAAGAUGGUCGCAAGUGAUGUAUAUGUAUUAUCUAUUGGGUCAUAAACUAUUGGAUAAUGAAAAUCUGACAGAGGAAAAGGCUACGGCAAGGUCAAAAAAUACUUACAUACUUGCUUUAGAUGGAGAUAUUGACUUUCAACCAAAAGCUGUCCAUUUACUUGUACAAUAUAUGAAAAAGAAUCCUAUAUUAGGAGCGACGUGUGGAAGAAUUCAUCCCAUGGGUUCUGGAGUUAUGGCAUGGUACCAAAAAUUUGAGUACGCAAUAGGUCACUGGAUGCAAAAAGCUACAGAGCAUGUAUUUGGCUGCGUCCUGUGUUCACCCGGUUGUUUUUCGCUGUUUAGAGCAAGUGCUCUUAUGGACCACAACGUCUUGGCAAGAUAUAACACCAAAUCUCAAGAAGCACGACACUACGUUCAAUAUGACCAGGGUGAAGACCGGUGGUUAUGCACUCUCCUUCUCCAAAGGGGCUAUAAAGUCGAAUAUACUGCUGCUUCGGAUGCUUAUACACACUGCCCAGAAUCUUUUAAUGAUUUUUAUAUCCAGAGAAGAAGAUGGAUGCCUUCUACAAUGGCCAAUGUUUUAGACUUGUUAGAAAAUUCAAAACAUGUUACUAAGAUUAAUGAUAAUAUUUCGACUCCAUAUAUCUAUUAUCAGUAUUUGUUGUUAGUGACCACAAUUAUAGGCCCCGGUACAAUAUUUCUUAUGCUUAUAGGAGCUCUGGUUACCGUUUUUAAUUUGUCGCAGUGGAAUUCGUUAGUGUAUAACAGUAUUCCAGUAGCAAUAUUUGUUCUCACUUGUGUCUUUUGCGAAUCUCAAACACAGUUAACAGUUGCAGGAAUUGUAAGUAGUUUUUAUGGAUUAGUUAUGAUUGCUGUUCUCAUUGGAGUUGCUAUACAAAUAAUAAGUGAUGGACUCUUAGUGCCAACAUCUCUUUUUUUCCUCAUUAUAAUGGGUCAAUAUGUAAUUGCCGCAAUGUUACAUCCUAAAGAAUUGGUUUGUUUAGUUUAUGGAGUAAUAUAUUUAAUCACUGUUCCCAGUAUGUAUAUGCUUUUAGUUAUUUAUUCAGUAUUCAAUAUGAACAAUGUAAGUUGGGGAACUAGGGAAGUUACCGUUGAAGUAAAACCAACUAAUCCAGAAGAAAAUACAGAAGAAGAAGAAGAAGAGAAGGAAACCAAUUUAUCCAUUAUUCUAUCUUCCAUUUAUAAAAUAAGAGACUUUUUUGCUGACUGUUGCAAUAACUCGAAUCUCUUAAUAAUGAUCAACAACUCCUUAUCUAACAUAGAGCAUCGAGCAUACCAAAUAGAAAGAAGAAUCGAUUGUCUAGAAAAUAAUAGCCUACAUCCAGAAUCACUGACAAUUAAUCCAUCCAACAUUUCCAAAACAAGAACACCAAUUGUAGAAGGUCCUAGAGCUUCUGUAGUGUCCGUCCUUCCAGAACCGAGCGAGUGCGAUAACUAUGAUCAUUAUGAUGACAGCCAAUCAUUUCAAGCUCCUUCAGAGAAUCUCCAUAAUAACAGCUGGUUUUAUCACCGCGAUUUGAUCAAGGGAAAUGUCGCUUAUCUGGAAAGGAAAGAAGAAAUAUUUUGGAAAGAGUUGUUAGAAGAAUAUCUAAAACCCACUCAAGAUGAUAAAAAAAAAGUUGGUAAAGAACUAAAGGAAUUACGAAAUAAAAUGGUUAUUACGUUUUUCAUGCUGAACUUACUCUUCGUGUUAAUAAUAUUCCUAAUGACAUUGCGAAAAGAUUUACUACAUGUCCAAUGGCCGUUUAAUCCAAGUGUAAACUUUACAUAUACAAAAGCAUCAUACGGAAACGAGAUCAUGAUAAUGAAAACUUAUCUACAGCUCGAACCAAUAGGAUUAGCUCUUAGUGCAGUAUUUUUUAGCGUAAUGGUCAUUCAAUUUACAUGCAUGUUACGUCAUCGGCUUAGUACUUUUGCACAAAUCAUGGCAAACAGUACACUAAAUUUCCAUUUAUUCAAACCAAAGGUAGAAAAUAUGUCCCACGAUGACCUGUUAGAAAGAGAUCCAAUUAAAAUUUUCAAAAAACUAAUACAGCUAAAAGGAGUUAAUGGUGAUGAUGACAAAGAAGAAGAUAGUGAUGUGGCUAGAAGAGAAACCGUCGCUGUAUUAAUGGAAAAUAAACAUAAAAAACGAGCUAUGAUAAAUGAUUUAGAUACGGCGUUUAAGGAAAGAAUGCGUAAAAUUAGGCGUAAUGAAGACUCCGGUGUAUCAGUGCCCAAAAAGACUUUAGCAGCCAUCAGCCGACGUCGAGAGACUGUACUGAAAACGCAGUCUGAAACUAGACAACCCCAUCCUUCUCUGCGCCGGACUGUUUCAUUUGCAGAUGAAAAUGAUUCGAAGGAAAGUACUCAUCAUUUUGAUAAUCCUGCCUUCGUUGACGAUCUCUAAAAUUUCCUUUAAAUUGGAGUACAUAAAGAAAAAUUACCCCCUUAUCCCUUUUAUAUACUUUCCUACACAGAAUAAAUAAUAAUAAUCAUUAAUAAUAAAUGUGUGUAAAAAGUUAUAUUUGUUUUUGAUGGCAAAUAAAUUAAAACGAA